AAACUCGACAGCAUUACAUUAAAUUGCCAGUUUCAAAAAGACAAAAAAAUCAAUUCGAAAUAUUUUCGUUUUUUUUUUUCAGUCUAUUUUCUUUUUUUUGUUGUAUACUUUAACAAAAUUUUGUGUUUGUUUUAAGGAAAGCGCGAGUUUUAAGUGCAAUAGAGCAGCUGUAGCUAUGGCCAGUUCAAAUGUAUCAGAUUGGGAUGAGGCGCUGCCCACAUCGACAACUGAAGAAGCUGAAGAGGAGGAUACCGACUAUUGCAGCCCAGAGAAUCGAGAAAAACGGCAGCAGGAAAAUGUCGCCAAACUGCAAUCCUAUGUGCAACGCAUGGCCUAUCAGCCGGCGCUGCCACCCAAGGCCCGAGCCUACGACGUAGCCCUAUCCAAACCCAAAAAGUACACACUCUUUGACAACUAUGACCAGUUCAAGAAGGUCUACGAUCCCAAGUUGCGGGCCAAGCGCAUCAAGCGCAUGCUGCGCAAAUACAAUGCGAUUACAACAGAGCAGCUGGAGGAUGUGCUCAAGAGCACCAAGAAGAAGGAGCGUCGCAAGGAGGAUUUCCUCAAGCGCAAACAGGAGAUGUACUACAAUAUGCUGUCCAAAAUGGAACGGCAAUGCCGUUCGCAGUAUCUCAAUGUGCUGAUCAAGAAGUUUGCCAAGUUUAUCGCGCAUCUGGGGACAACGAUGCGUAUACCACCGCAGCUGGUCGAUCCGUAUGCGCGUAUGCAGCGUGGCAUCUUCUGCAAUAUACUGCUGGCAAUUGGUGUGCAGCCCACAUCACAAUCGGCCAUCUAUUAUACCAGUCAGGAUGCCAUUGAAUAUGAUGUGUGCCAUCGCUUGGCCCAUGCGCUACUUAGUCUGAUUAUUAAGGCACUGGACACGGCGGCGACGCGCGAUCCCAACGAGGUGACCAAUACGGCGGCAACGGCACCAGAUGCCGACUUCAAAAUGGACAACUACAUAAGGGAGCGCCUCAUGUGCGCCGCCAAAAAGAAGGUGAGGAAUGAGCGGCGGAAACGAGAAUUCCCAUUGAACUAUGAUGCCUUCCGGAAAUGCACCCGUCUCGACUGCGACUAACCGGAAUGCCAAUUGAAUCGUAUUGACAUUCUUCAUCACUUGUGUGGGCUGCCCAUUAAAAAUACAUACAUAUUAUGUACA